UUAAUGGAACUGAUAUGUUGUAAAAUUAUUUCAUGCUAGCAAAGGAUAGAUUAUCUGUCCAUGGGGAGGGUCUUUGUGGAAACUGGAUAGAAAUAGCCUAUGGCACAAGCUCUGGAACAGUUAGAGUUAUUGUUCAGCAUCCAGAAACAGUCGGUCAUGGUCCACAGUUAUUUCAGACAUUUACAGUUCAUCGUAGUCCAGUUACAAAAGUUGUUUUAUCUGAAAAAUAUCUUAUUUCAGCAUGUUCUGAAUAUAAUCACGUACGCACGUGGAGCGUAACAAGAUUUAGAGGUAUGAUAUCUACUCAGCCAGGUUCGACUCCGCUUGCAUCAUUUAAAGUUGUUUCUCUUGAAGAAUUAGAACCUGGAAUAAGUUACGGUACUGGUAAUGAUUGUGGACCAUAUGGAGAGCAGGAUGAUGAACAAGUAUUCAUUCAAAAAGUUGUGCCAGAAACUGAUCAGUUAUAUGUUAGAUAUGCUUCAACUGGUAAAAGAAUAUGUAUCAUCAGAUCAGUAGAUGGUACAACAAUUAGUGCUUUUUGUGUUCAUGAGUGUGAAGGUUCAAAUCGUAUGGGUUCUCGGCCUCGAAGAUACAUAUUUACAGGACACAGCAAUGGAGCUAUUCAGAUGUGGGACUUGACGACGGCUCUUGAUUUGGCAGUUAAAGGCGAAGCAGUUUCUAAUCAUAAUGGUGGUCCUUCUCCACAUGAAUUACUUAGACUUUUGGACCAAUGUGAUCUCACAAAUUCCCAUUGCUCAACACCCUGUAUUAGUCCAUCACCUUCUUUAAUUAAUAACAGCAUAAUGCGACUUAAGGCAUCAAACCUUGCCUUUUUAGCUCAUCAAUCACUAAUUACUACCGAUAAUCCUAGGGUAAACACUACCGAAGAAGAAAAUGAUGGAAAAAUAACACACUGCUGAUAAUGCCAAAGAAUUAAUAAUUAAAAUUUAAUUAACUUAUAUUGUUUAUAAAAACUUUUUUUUGUAACUUGUGAAACAAAAGUUAUUAGUUGUUUUUUAAAAAAAGUAAGUUUUCAAAUAUUUAACAUGAUUGUUGUAAAAGUUAUUUUAUAGAUAUACUAUAUAAGAAUGAAAGGCAAAGAAAAUGCUUGAUGGUAAAUGUAUUAAAUUGAAUAGUAUGAGUGAAUUAUAUUUUCUAGAAAAAUAAUUUAUUUAUAUAGUUUUUUAAUAGCUAAUUAUUUAUUGUUAUGUCAAUAGGUUUGUUAAUUGAUUGUAAAAUAAACAUUGUGAUUUAUAGUAGAUGUAAGUGCACUGUGUAUCAGUUGAUCAUUUUAAUUUACAUUUAGAACGAAUGUUGCCUAAUAAAAUUUAAAUUAUAUUUACCAAAUUUAGCUUUGAUAUGAAUCACAAUGUUUAUUAUUUAGAACAUCCUUGAUAAAAUUUAAAAACAGAUUUCCUCCCAUUACAAUUAAACUAACAGAUAAUUAUUUAAUAUAUCAAACCAUUUGAUAAAUUCUAUUCAUCCAUUUUUUAUAGUAAUUCAAAUGUAUAUUUAAACUUUAAUAAUAAUGUUUUAAUAUGAAUUACACAUUUUUUAACAUAGGAAUAUAAUGAAAAAUAUUGCCAGCCAUAAUAUGUAAUUUUAUAAAAAUACGUUUUGAACCUUGAUUCAUUUAUGAAUAGUAAUUAGUAAUUUAUAUAUAUGAAAUUCAAAAUUAUUUUUGACAUAGAAAUUUUCUACCUUUUUUUUUUUAUU